CCCCUCCAUCAAACAUAAUCCCUAUGAUUUAUCUUUCUUUAUGUGUGAUUUCAUCCCCUCCAUCAAACAUAAUCCCUAGUUUUCCUGCAAGCUUUGAACUUGUGGCACAGGAUGUAAACCUUGCAAUGGAAGCUUCAAGGAAAUCCCGGCUAGCAUUUGCAGCUACUAGUUUGGGAGAGGCCAAAAGUGAAGAGAUUGUAUCUUCUGUGAAAUUGGCUCUUGAUUUCAACUUCCAAGACAUAGAAUGAUUGCUACAUUUAAUACGUGUGGCAAUGGAGGCCAUUAGCCGUUGAAAGAAUCAUGUUGGCAAGGAUGAUGUUAUCUAUGGGAGGAGAACUUCUUUUAAUUGCAUAUCUGCUAAUAUGAAGUUCUAUGGAGAAGAGGAGAAGAGGCUACUUGGGUUUUCGUGCAUCAAUUCUUGAUACU